AUGAAAAUGUCUAGCAAUGCUCUAGUGGCGGUAGGGAUCUUUGGACUCAUAUUUGUGAGCCUCACAGGGCAAUGUUUUGGGGAACUGGAGGUGGGGUUCUACAAGAGAAGAUGCUUUGCUGAUGUUGAAAGUGUAGUAGCUGGGGUAGUCAGGGCAAAGUUCUUUGCGGACUCAACAAUUGCUGCUGCCCUCGUUCGCAUGCAGUUCCAUGAUUGCUUUGUUAAUGGAUGUGACGCAUCAAUUCUACUAGAUGGAGCGUCUAGUGAGAAAACAGCUGGUCCGAAUCUCAGUGUACGGGGUUAUGAUGUAAUUGAUGCCGCAAAAAAAGCUGUCGAACUUGUAUGCCGAGGAGAGGUUUCCUGCUCUGAUAUCAUUGUAAUGGCUACCAGAGAUGCUGUAAAUCUGAGUGGAGGAGGGCGAUACACUGUUCAAACCGGGAGAAGGGAUGGCUUUGUAUCUCUUGCAUCAAUUGUUCGUCUCCCAUCUCCAUCAAUUUCAGUGAGUCAAUCUGUUGCAGCAUUCGCUAGAAAAGGACUCGAUGCCACUGACAUGGUUUAUCUUCUUGGCGGUCACACUAUUGGGGUGGCACAUUGUAAUCUCUUCGAAGACCGUCUUUACAAUUUCCAAAACACUGGCAGACCUGACCCGAGCAUGGAUUCAUCAUUGAUGCAACAGCUUAGAUCUAUCUGCCCUCAAAAUUCAGGAGGCAGUAAAACUGCUAAUCUUGACCAGAACGUAACAAGUUCAUUCACUGUUGACAACUCAUUCUACAAGCAAAUACUGACCAGGAGAGGAGUUCUUCAAAUCGACCAAGAGCUAGCUUUCGACCCCAUAACGAAGUCCACAGUGACAACAAUUGCCAACAGUGUAAGCUUCUCCGAGAAAUUUGGGCAGGCCAUGGUGAAGUUAGGAGCAGUGGAAGUACUUACAGGCACGCAAGGGGAGAUCAGGAAAUCAUGCAGAGCAGUUAAUACUCCUUGA